AUGGACCGUUGGAGCAUAGCAGAUCUUGAUGGCGUCAAAAUGAUAUAUGGUGCUGGUUCUCAGUUCCACAAGUCAGACUGGUACUCCGUCCUCAAAGGUCGCCGCACCUUUGACCCAUUUGCCGAACAAGAUCCUCACGUCCACGCCGCCCAAAAGAAACUAGUCAUUCGUCCUUACGCCAUGGAGACACUCAAGGAUCUCGAGCCAUAUGUCGACUCGACAAUCUACCAUUUCAUCACCCGCAUGCGCGAAAAGAUGACAUCGCAAAUCGACCUCGGCAAAUGGUUCCAAUUGUUUGCUUUCGAUGUCAUUGGCGAAAUCACAUUUUCUAAGCGCUUCGGAUUCAUGGAUACUGAACAUGACGAUGGGAGUCUGAAGUCUGUGGAGAGUACUUUGGCUUCUGCGUCUUGGUUGGGUCAUGUGCCGUGGGUGUUUUGGACCCAUGAUUACCUGAAGCCGUACAUCGGGAAUUGGCUAGGCGUCACCAACCGCACGGGCAGUCUUAUGCAACGCGCGCUCAAAGAAGUGGAAGAAAGAAAAGUACGCGGCACUGACCGCAACGAUAUUCUCGAGAAGUUCUUCCGUCUGCAGAGGGAGAAGCCGGAUCAAGUUACUGAUAUGGCUGUUAUCAGUAUGGCUGCGGCUAACAUUACCGCUGGCUCUGACACCACGGCGAUAUCGUUGCGCAGCAUCAUCUAUCAUCUCUUGCAGAACCCCCAGCAUCUUGCGACUCUGCGCGAGGAACUCGAACAAGCANAAAGGGAACACAGAUUAAGCGAUCCAGUGACCAUGGAAGAAGCAGACCGCCUCCCCUUCCUCCAAGCCACCAUCCUCGAAGGCCUCCGCGUCCACCCGGCCAUCGGAGGUCUCUUGCCCCGUCGCGUUCCCCACGGCGGCUGCAUAAUCGCCAAUCGCUAUAUCCCCGCUGACCAUGUCGUUGGCGCAUCUGCUUGGGUCAUUAACCGCAAUACCACAGUCUUUGGCCACGAUGCUGUAGACUUUAACCCGCAUCGCUGGAUCAAAGGCAACAAGGCCGAAAUGCAGCGAUAUUUCCUCACGUUCGGCGGCGCCUCUCGCAUGUGUUUUGGCAAGAACAUCGCGUUUAUGGAGAUGACCAAGAUGGUGCCGACGUUUUUGAGACAUUUCGAUGUUGAGUUGACGGAUCCGCAGAGGCCGUUGACAGAGAAGAAUNUUGUAAGUGUCUGUCCCAUCAUCCUGCUUCCAAGGAAGAUGCAAUAUGUGGCGAAGAGAGAAUUCUUGCUGACCUGUUUUCGAUACAGCUUUUUCGUUAUCCAGGAGGGACUAGUCGUCAACCUCAAACCUAGAGAUGGGAAAUCAGAAGAACAACAGGCUAAUGGAGGUGCUGAGCAGGAGAGUAAUGGAUACUAG